UCAAACAGUUUGAGCCAACUUCAGGGCAAGAGGCACACGACUGUCACUCAGUCAGAUCAUCAUUCAGAGAGGUCUUAGCUUGUCCUGCGGCGUCGCUUCGACACAGGGAUUGAAAACCGGCUCUAACACCUGGCCCGGACAGGCUUUGGGAAUCAAACCGACAACUUAAAGCGAGGGUAUUACAAGCUGUGAUAUGUUGUUUGCAACGAUGAGGGCAGUGGUCUGUCUGGCCCUCUGUCUCUCUGUGUGUCAGGUCAGAGGCUCCCACAUCACGGCCAAGAUGAACAGAACCAUCCAGAACCUCCUGCAGCACUAUAGGAUUCCACUUAAAGAGAAGUUUAAUGGGAAGCCCGUCUUUGACAGGGGACCACUGGCUGACAGGAUGGAGACAAAGAGGGUGUUCAUGGGUGGCGUCUUGGAGACGUAUGAGAAGCUGAUCGGCCAGAUGUUGAAGGAGCUGCCUACCCCGAGUCCUCACACGGCCGGGAGCAGCAACGAGGGUCUCGCCUCUGCCAUCACCGCCGGCCCCGGCACUACCAGUGAUACCCGGUCGGAGGAGGGUGGGGAUGUCAAGAUGGAGCUGAACUACAUCCUGAAGAAGGUCCAGGAUCUGAAAAGACACAAGUACCAGGAGCAGGACAAGCUGCUGCAGAGACUGCAAGCCCUCAAACACAUCCAGAUGGAUAACUUCGUCAUUCAGAGCAAAGCGUUGUGGGAGCUGCCGCGUCUGUACGAGGAGGCAAGUUCGCUGCCUGACGACAUCAGGAUGCAGAGGAGGAGGAGGCGGCGUCGACGUCAAGCAAGGAGAGACAAGACUCGUCCAAGAGCCUGAGAUGUGAGAAAGUGCA